UGCGCCCGGUCCUCCACCCCGCCCCACCCACAUUCACGCCCAACUUGCGCAUCUGUCACUUCGUCCGUGACAUUCAAGCGUGGCUCUUGAUCCGUUGUUUGGUUCUUGGCUCCCAAGUAUACUAUAGGGCGCAUCUGCUGCACGUGCGAUCAUGGCUCAGGUACAAGAGUACUUUGAGCCCAGCGCGCUUUAUACUUCUCCACCACUGCCUCAAUCGCGGUUCCUAUACGACAUUAGCAGCUCUGCAGCUGUCUGCCCUGCGAUGCCAAUGGCGCAACCUCUUCUUGUAGGCAUUCUAGACACCAUGCGAAGUGAAAGCACUGACCGUAGAGCAGCAGAGCCCAUUCCGACCGGAGAACCGCAUGUCACAGUCGCAGUGGCCGUUACCACAAGGUUCCAUGUCGAGCAACACGAUCCUUGCAAACAACGCGCUGUGGGAGCAGCAUUCGGUAUCCACUGACUGCAUGGCUUGGACAGGACUGCCUAACGAGCCGCUAACGGAUCGAUCUAUGCUUGCGAAUAGUGGCUUGCUAUACAGCCACGAUGCAAGACUACUCACGUCGGGCAAACCCUUGGAUUUCGGGAGACCGUCGUGUUGGAACUCGAGCGGCAUGAGCAAUAUAGCGACCUGUCCCAGUGCAGACAUGUUGCUCUCGCCAGUCAGCCCUUUUAGCGACUCGAAGAACACAUUCAGCUCCGGGUCAGAAUACAGUCCAGCUACCCCUAGCGACAGCGCGGGAUACACGAUGUCGCCAGGCGCCACGAGUGAUCCCUCAGCAGCCGGCCUCAUAACACCCACGUCACGACCAGUAGUCCGACAACAGCGGGGAAGCCCCGCUAUACAAAGCAGCUAUGGGAUUCCAAUGGCAUCUGCAGGACCACUCCACAUGGGCAACGCCAUCAAGCAGAACCAGGACGUAACAAUGUACGCCUCAGAACAGUCGUACGUAUAUUCGCAGGGCAGCAGCCCAGGUUUGUUGCCAUGGCUCCCUCCUGGCUACAUGGUCCGGCAGACUGCAGCUGCUCAAGGGUCCCAGCGUCAGCAAUCAAGCACACUGCCAUUUGACCAUCGUCCCAACUCUUUCCUGACUUCGCUCGAUUGCAACCCAGGACAAUUACAGCUCCAGUGGAGUAACACCGGCAAUGUCCCAGCGCAGGAUCAUCUUCAGACACGGUUCAUGACGCCUCUUACGGAUGUUGAGAAGGCGAAGCGCGCGAAGGACGACGAGACAUUGCUUCAAAUGAAGCAAGACGGGUACACAUACAAGGAUAUUCGGAAGGCCCUCGGUCGCAAAGUAGCCGAGUCUACUCUUCGAGGUCGUUACCGUUCCUUGACCAAGCCGAGGAAGGACCGUCUUCGAGCACCAAAGUGGACCGAAACAGAUGUACGUUGAACGCGCUCCUUUGAAGAUAUUCUUACUGACCGAGAUCCAGAUUGCUUUGCUUAAACGCUACGUGCAGGAGGAGUUCGACAAGCUGGACGUGACGCAGCCUUCCCUCGAGACCAAGCAAAAGCCAAACAAGGUUCCGUGGAUGAGAAUCGUCGAAUUGAUCGCAACGACCGGUGGCUCUUACAAAUUCGGCGCAGCUACAGCUAAGAAGAAGUGGUAUGAAGUCACACGCCCUGCUUCAGGUCGGUCAUUGCGUCGACGCAGCCGGGCGUGAUCGCUCCAUGUUGGGAUUCCGUCAGCCUGCGCUGAAGACCUUGGUGCCCUCUCCGUUGGCU